AUGGAAGAGAAAGUUAGUGAGACGGAAAAGGAUGCAAAUGUUAGUGAGAUAGAAAAUGCAAAUACAAAGAAAAAAGCAAAAUUAAGACCAACUGAAGAGAAAAUAGGUGAAGCAGAAGUAAGUAAGAAAAAGGCUAAAGUAAGUUUCAAACUUGGACUAGGAGAUGAUGAUGACAUUUGGUCAAGUUGCAGUGAUAUUUCAUUUGAAGUUAGUACAGACAAUAUAUCUACCCCUAAUACCAGUGCUAAGUCCAAUAGCCACAGCAGUAGCCAAGCUGCUGCGACAAAGCAAGUUAAAAAAAAAAGAAAGAGGCAGAGCAAAGGAGGCAUUCGCCACAGGACAGCAUCAAAGCAACAGAGAGAUAGUGUCCAGUCCCAAGAUUUUAGUAAGAAAGCUUGGCUCGCUCAUGAAAAAGCUGUGCACCUGCAAGAGAAAGAUAAGGCUGCGGCCGCUACUCGAUAUUCAGAAGAACAACAUCUGGUGAUAUUUCCGACAGCACCUUUUAAUUCUACACAGUACCUUAUUGAAGAACAUAACAAAAAUUCUCCACCGGGAAAUAUUGACUGGUUCGAUAGCUCAGUAUCAAAUUCGCCAAACGAUCAGACUCCAUUGCCUUUGUCGCCCAGUGAAACCAAUCUUGAGGCAGUACAGUUUCCGAAAAGGGAUCAAGAAUUUACAGACUCUCUUGUCAAGGUUCAGGCAGAGUCUUUGCAGAACUUACCAAAAGAAGAACUCGUCAAAAGUUGUAUGCAUUUAGAACAACAUGUGGCCGCACUGUACAAGCAGGUUGGUGAGGCAGAAAAUGAACUGAAACAAGAGCAGGAGGAUGAGGAGGAUGUGUUUUUGACAGGGGAAGAACACAUUGACAGACGUUUUAUGUUUGAAUCAGUGUACAACUCUGAGGCGAACUCCUUAUCUAGCAAUAAUGAAGACUUUGUAGAUUUGUCCGGAGUCAACCAACAACCUGUGUGUGUAAAGGAAUCCAAUGUGUUUACUUGUGAAAAUCCAGUUACACCUUCCACCAACUGCAAUUCUUCUGAGUCUUCAUCUUGA